AUGAGAAAGUUCCAUCGGUUUCUCACCUUCGUGGUGGCUUUCGGUAUUCUGUACGGCGUUUACCGGUACUCGUUUCGCACCGACAGCAACGGGAACUACCUUUUCCUGCUGCCCGGGGAAACUGACGAUGUUGCGUCACAACCCCAUCGUCAGCUGACCGCAGCCGCCAGUGAGGAGCGUCCCGUGGAUCUUUCGCGGCUGGCAAACUUUACUGGAUUCGAGUACAGGAUCUCCAACGACAUCUGCAAGGAGAACAGCAGUUUCUCCGAGCUUUUAGGAGUUAUACUGGUGACAUCGUAUGUAGGCCACGAUGAAAUUCGUUCCGCCCAUCGUCAAGCCAUCUCGCAGCAGAAGCUACUCUCCAUGGGUUUGUUGCGAAUAUUCUCCCUAGCGUCUAUACCGUCGACCGAGCAGUUCAUUCGCCAAGCCAACAUCGAGGCAGAGCAGCGCUUGCACGGUGAUUUAAUUCAAGGCAAUUUUGAUGAAGCCUAUCGCAAUCUCACGUACAAACACCUAAUGAGCCUGCAGUGGGCAACGCACAGUUGCCGUGGUGCAAAGUAUCUUAUCAAAAUGGACGACGACAUUGUGUUCGAUCCGUUCUACAUACAGAACUACCUCUCAGAUCUGAACCAACCCGACGAGCGGCACCUGCUGGCGGGUUACAUCUUUCGCAACAAGAAAGUGAUUCGCUUACAGUCAAACAAAUGGUACGUAUCGAGGAAUGAGUAUCAGCCCGAAGUAUACCCGCCGUACCUAUCCGGAUGGUUGUACAUCACAAACCAGCGGACGGCACGUGCGUUGCUAGCCGAAUCGCAAUCGGCUGGAUUCUUCUGGAUCGACGAUACCUUCAUUACCGGUGUGCUGGCGGAACGGCUUCAGUUGCCCCAGACCGGACUGAACCGCUGGUUUAGCGCCAACUCAGAAUUUCUCGACUGCUGCAUUCGGGACAUGAAGCGAUACGCGUACCAGUGCGAUUACUACGUCGGCCCGAACGGUGGCAACAACAAGCUGAUCAUGGAGUUUGUACAGGAGCUGGAACGAUGCUACGAUAAUGCGUGCUAUCAGCGGCCGGCAGGCAAAUCGCUCACCGCAACCUGCGUGGCGGAGUACAGGCAACAGCUAAACGUUCCCGAUCACGGCACGGCCAUGGUCAGCCAGAUGAAACUUAAGUAG